CCGAAAACUAACGAUCGAACGGAGUGAACGAAGCGUAACGAGACUCAACUCCACUGUGUGUUGUUCUGCUCUACACCAGGGUUCAAUGAUAUUCUCAGCAUGGAAAUGCCAACAUCACAUGCCAGCCAUGGUACCACAUCAUUAUCGGAAGUAAUAACUCAUCAUAGUAUUACCGGACCUAGUCAUAGUCUACUUUCGAGCUCUCAUCAUCAUCAUCAGCAGUUGGAACAUCAAGCAACGGCACACACAUCGAACACUGUAUCUGCACUUCACUUACAUUCCUCAUCCGCUGGGACCUUGGCGGCAACAUCGGCGCAUCAUCAUUCACAUUUAGCUCAUUUGCAAUCGCAGCAUCCACAUGAAAACCCAUAUGUGCCCGCCAUUCAAACUAAUAAUGAGAAAAAUAUAGUCUUGUCGAGAGCCAAAUUUCAGGAGUACAUACAUACAUAUAUACUCGUAUUAUAUCCACAAACAACACAGUCGAACGCACUUGAUUGCAAUCUGUGGAAACGUGGGGUCUUUCUCCUAGCAAGAUUCAAUGGAUCUAUACGGUGA